AUGGAACAUGCCUGCAACACGAGCAACAGUUUUGUCCUACUUGGGAUAUUGGAGAUAGAAGGUUCCAGGUUCUUCUACUGUGUUCUCUGCAGCCUCACCUAUAUCCUUACAGUGUUCCUCAGCUUGACCAUUGCGUUUGUGAUCUGGACCGAACAAAGCCUCCACGAACCCAUGUACAUUCUUAUUGGCAGUCUUGUCCUCAAUGGGAUUUUCGGGAGCUCAGCAUUUGUGCCCAAAGUAAUGAUUGAUCUCCUGACGCGGUCAAACUGCAUCUCACGGGUCGGCUGUUUCGCACAAGCCUUCUGCAUAGGAGUCUUCCCCAUUUCUGAAAUCAGCAUUUUCACUAUGAUGGCAUAUGACACGUACUUAGCCGUAUGCCACCCCUUGAGAUACUCUACCCUGAUGACCAAGGAGACGGCCCUGUAUCUGCUCGUUGGUUUUUGGAUCAUGAACUUCUUUUCUGUCCUGGCUGCUAUAUUACUAUCGGCCAGGCUGCCUCUAUGUGGGACCCAAAUCAGUGGACUUCUUUGUGAUAACACGGGCCUUGUGUUCUUGUCAUGCGUAGAUGAUUCCAUUAAUUAUUUCUAUGGGACAGUCCUGUUCUCCGCCUAUUUAUCUGUGUGUAUGCUGCUCAUAUCCUACUCCUACCUGCAGAUAGCCUUGGUUUGCCAUCGCUUGACCAGUGAGACCUACAAGAGAUCUGUCCACACGUUGGUCACCCACAUCCUCAAUUUCUCUGUGUUCCUCGUUGGAGUCUUGUUUGUGUUUAUCCGCUACAGAGUCGGACGCAAAAACUCUCCCCUGUUAAGUGUUCUUCUCGCUUUAACCACCUUGGUGCUGCCACCUGUUUUGAACCCCUUGAUUUAUGGGGUGAGGACUAAAAAGCUAAACGCAAAAGUUCUUAACCGUCUUAAGAAACUAAAUAAAGGCACGUUUACUAAGUUCUAA